UUCUGCCGUCGUCACUUCCGACGAAAGACCUGGCGGGGGUCACGUGAUGUUGCGUUAGCUCGGUGACUCUGCUAUGUUUGUCGUUUGCGUUAACGUUUUAAAAAUGCCACAUUUCUGGGUUUUGACGGUUCGUGGUGGUCGGGGGACGCUCCGCGGCCGCUCCGAGGCCCGUUUACACCGACGCCGGGAGCGGAGUUCGACUGAGAAAACGGCCGCUGUGGGGCCGCGCGUCACGUGACCAGCAUGCGGCGGAGCGUUUGAUAAAAAGAUGGCGUGAGCGCGGCGGAGCGGAGAGGACAACAAACCGCCGACCGACCGACCGUCCAACCGACAGUCAGGUAACCUCACCUCCGCGGGGGGAACCGUUCGCUUAACACGAACGUAACACCUCCGUCGUUAAAAAACAACACUAACCGUCGUGUUUGGACACACGAGGGAUAUUUUAUAAGCUGGUUAUUUUCGUUUUCGAGGCGGCAACGGCAGCGUCAGUUUACGCUCCUGGCGGUUGCUAACGUUAGCUAGCGACGGCGAUGACACUGCGUGAGAGCAACAACAACCGUGUGUGAGCUUGACCGAGCCGCUCACAAGCUGCCGUGUGAAACGGGAGGCUGGAGGGAGGACACGGUGAGAAACCGCAGUGGUGUUUUUGUUACCGGAGAUGGAUCCUGGACAGGAUUUACUUCUCGCUGCUCUGAGUGAGAGCGGCAUUUGCCCAAAUGAUAUUGGCCUCUUUGAUGUUGAUUCUCAGGAUGUUGCACAGCCCUCUACAACCCAGCAAUCUAUCUCCAUCAGUGCCCUGGAUGUUGGCGUGGGGACAGAGACGGUGGAAGCUGUUCGAACUGAGCCUCCAGCUCCAGUCCCUAUAGUUACUAUCAGGCACAAACCACAGCCAUCAACCACCACGUUUGUCUUAAAUCAGCUGAAUCAGUUGCCGUCGCUAGGAGCCGUGGUGACCAAACAGUCGGUCACAAACCCGAUCAAACACACCAUAACCGUCACCAAGGUGGUCCAUGUCGCUAACUCAGCCCUGCGAGGUUCAUCCACCCCCUCCACCACAACUGUUCCUCCUUCAGCGUCCACAGUAGUGCCUUCAAACAGAGAUCAGAUUCAGUUGAAAGACCUUCUUAGGACCGGCCCUGUGAAAACCACCGGCCUAAAGGGGAACAGCCUGAUGGAGCUGAUGAAGCUGAAGCCUCCGCCCAACAUCGCUCCACCAGUAGCAACAGCAACCGCCACAGGUGAAAUGAACAAUGGGAUCAAGAAGGAAGUGAUGGGUAAAGAUGCUGCCAGGAUCUGGAUCGGUGAUGACGUUAAAGUGCAAAACUUCUCACAUUCUCUGAAACUCCCGGGGAUGAAGGAAGAGGACGAGCCUGAGGAGGAAGAGGAAGAUGAGUUGGGUCAUGCAGAGACGUAUGCAGAGUACAUGCCAAUGAAAUUAAAGAUCGGCCUGCGGCAUCCUGAUCCUGUGGUGGAGACCAGCUCCCUGUCCAGUGUCAGUCCUCCAGAGGUGUGGUACAGACUGUCCAUCCCAGAGGAGGUCAUCGACCGGGGCUGCCUGUCUGCUCUGCAGCUCGAAGCCAUCACAUACGCAGCUCAGCAACACGAGACAUUCCUCCCCAAUGGUGAUCGAGCUGCUUAUCUGAUCGGUGAUGGAGCUGGUGUGGGGAAAGGCCGAACCAUUGCAGGGAUCAUCUAUGAGAAUUAUCUUUUAGGCAGGAAGAGAUCGCUUUGGUUUAGUGUCUCAAAUGACCUGAAGUACGACGCUGAACGGGAUUUAAGGGACAUUGGAGCCAAAAACAUUCAGGUUCAUUCACUGAACAAGUUCAAAUAUGGCAAAAUCUCCUCGAAACACAAUGGGAGUGUGAAGAAAGGUGUGAUCUUCGCCACCUACUCCUCUUUGAUCGGAGAGAGCCAAUCAGGAGGGAAGUACAAGACCAGAUUCGAACAGCUUCUUCACUGGUGUGGGGAGGACUUUGACGGAGUUAUCGUCUAUGACGAGUGUCACAAAGCCAAAAACGUUUGUCCAAUCGGAUCGUCCAAACCUACAAAAACUGGACUUGCAGUGUUGGAGCUGCAGAACAAACUCCCAAAAGCUCGGGUUGUUUAUGCAAGUGCUACAGGUGCCUCUGAACCACGGAACAUGGCCUACAUGAACCGUCUGGGUAUCUGGGGCCACAAAACACCCUUCAGAGAGUUUGGAAACUUUAUCCAAGCUGUUGAGCGCAGAGGUGUUGGUGCCAUGGAGAUCGUAGCUAUGGACAUGAAACUGAGGGGGAUGUACAUCGCGAGGCAGUUGAGUUUUACAGGAGUGACGUUCAAGAUCGAGGAGGUUCCCCUGACUCAGCAGUACAUCAACAUGUACAACAAAUCUGUGAGGCUGUGGGUGAGCGCUCGUGAGAAGUUCCAGCAGGCUGCGAAUCUGAUGGAUGCAGAGCAGCGCAUGAAGAAGUCCAUGUGGGGCCAGUUCUGGUCCGCUCACCAGCGAUUCUUCAAAUAUCUCUGCAUCGCAUCCAAAGUCCGCAGAGUGGUCCAGCUGGCCAGAGAGGAGGUCCAGAACGGGAAGUGCGUGGUGAUCGGCCUUCAGUCCACUGGUGAAGCACGAACGCUGGAGGCCUUGGAGGAAGGAGGAGGAGAACUCAAUGACUUUGUGUCGACUGCAAAAGGUGUCCUGCAGUCGCUGAUUGAGAAGCACUUUCCAGCUCCUGACAGACAGAAGCUUUACAGUCUGCUGGGCAUCGACCUCUCGGCGAAGAAGACGCCGUCUCCGAGCGACACCGCCGCAGAACCAGAACAGAAGGGCAAGAAGAGGAAAGGUGCAGAGGUCAAAAAGCAGAAGAAGAGGCCUCGCAAGCACGGCGGUCUGUCGGGUACGAGCUCGGAGGAGAGCCAGUCUGAGGACUCGGACAGAGAGUCUGGUAAAGACAGCGACGACAGCUUCAAGUCUGUCAGCUCGGCGGACGAAGACGACGAUUUCAACCCGUUCAGAGACGAGUCUGACGACGACGGGGAAGACGAUCCAUGGCUUAUCAGGAAGGAACCAAAGAAAGGGAAAGAAAAGAAGAAGAAAAAGAGGAGGAAGAGUAUCGAUCCAGACUCCAUUCAAAGUGCCUUGUUAGCCUCUGGGCUGGGCUCCACCAGACCUGCUUUCACUGCCCCCGUUAACCCCCCCAGCGCCCCUGCCCCAGUGAAGGCGGAGAGUCAGGAUACCUGUCUGACAAGUCAGGACGCAGUGGAACAUGCCCAGAAAAUGAAGAAAGAUCUGCUGGAAAAGCUCGAGCAGCUGGCAGAGGAUCUACCUCCCAACACUCUGGACGAGCUCAUAGAUGAACUGGGCGGACCUGACAACGUAGCUGAGAUGACCGGUCGUAAAGGUCGAGUGGUCAGUAACGACGACGGCAGCAUCAGCUACGAGUCUCGUUCGGAGCUGGACGUCCCCGUGGAAAUCCUCAACCUCACAGAGAAGCAGAGGUUCAUGGACGGAGAGAAGAACAUAGCCAUCAUCUCAGAAGCUGCCAGCUCAGGUAUUUCCCUGCAGGCCGACCGUCGAGUGAAGAACCAGCGGCGGAGAGUCCACAUGACGCUGGAGCUGCCGUGGAGUGCAGACCGAGCUAUACAGCAGUUCGGGAGAACUCACAGGUCAAACCAGGUCACAGCUCCAGAAUACGUCUUCCUCAUAUCAGAGCUCGCAGGAGAGCAGAGAUUUGCAUCUAUUGUCGCCAAAAGACUCGAGAGCCUGGGCGCUCUCACUCACGGAGACAGGCGAGCGACAGAAACCCGAGACCUCAGCAGGUUUAAUUUUGACAACAAAUACGGCAGAAACGCUCUGGAAAUUGUGAUGAAGUCGAUCGUAAAGCUCGACUCUCCAUUAGUGUCGCCGCCCUCUGACUUUAAAGGGGAUUUCUUCAAAGAAAUUCAAAGUGGAUUAAUAGGCGUGGGCCUCAUAAAUGUGGAGGACAGAUCCGGUGCUCUGUCACUGGACAAAGACUACAACAACAUUGGGAAGUUCCUGAACCGUAUCCUGGGCAUGGAGGUCCAGCAGCAGAACGCCUUGUUCCAGUACUUUUCUGACACACUGGGGGCAGUCAUUCAGGAAGCAAAGAAGAACGGCAGAUACGACAUGGGUAUUCUCGAUCUGGGCUCUGGAGAUGAGAAGGUGAAGAAGGUCGACUGCAGGAAGUUCCUCACACCGGGCUACACCACAUCAGGACACGUGGAACUCUUCACAGUGAGUGUAGAGAGGGGGAUGUCGUGGGAGGAAGCGACGCACGCCUGGGCAGAUCAGAACGGACCAGAUGAUGGAUUUCUAUUACGACCUGCUUUUCCUUUCCAGAUGAGGAACAACAAGAAAACAGCCAUACUGGUCAAAGAGGUGAACACCAAGAAGAGGCUGUUCCUGGUCUACAGGCCGAACACAGGCAGACAACUCAAACUGGAGACGUACACAGACAUCAAGAAGAAGUUUAAAAAGGUUUUGUCAGAAGACGCCAAACAACACUGGACUGAUCAGUACAAGUCGUCUGCAAAAAUCUGCUCUCAUGCUUAUUGGCGGGGUAACUGUAAGAAGGCGUCUGUGGGUCUUCAGUGUGAAGUCGGUCUUCGGUGUAGGACGUACUACGUUCUGUGCGGCUCGGUUCUCAGCGUGUGGAACGAGCUGGAGGAGGUUCUAACGCCGGUCAGCGGAACCAACGUGAAGGUGCAGAUCGUCCGUCUGAGAACAGAAGACGGACAGAGGAUAGUCGGACUGAUCAUUCCGGCGAACUGUGUGUCUCCGUUAAUUAACAAGCUGUCGACGUCGGACCAGUGCCAGCAGCUCGCCGUGCAGGAGCAGCAGAAACGGCAGCAGCUCCACCCUCAAAGUAUCAGCCACGCACCCAACACAUAGUUCGGUGGAGCCGGAACCGCUCAGGCUUUCGCGGGGAGGGCGUCUGAUCCCUCCCCCCUCGUCUCCACCCCUCGAGUCCACGUCCCCUCGCUCUGAAGGGGGCGUAGCUCCAUCAAUGUCUCUCUCUGCACUGCAGGCUCCAGGACCGCUGUCCCCUCGUUCUGCACCCUCACCCUCCUCACCCCCUCCCUCCCCAUCGUGUCUGAGGGUCAGAGGUGUCGCACCAAGCUGUGGUGACUCUCAGAUGUAAAAGCAGUGGUUGUACAGAGAAAAGAUUUCAGGGUUUUUUCUUUUCUUUUUUUUAAUUUUAAUCUCCAGAGACUCUUGUUUUCACCUAGAGAGAUUUGCCGGGUGAUGUAUCGUCCUCUGACAUUCAGAGCGAAAACAUUUGUGAUAUAUUGAAUCGAGACAGAGUUUAAAACCUCGAGGGUGUGUCGGCCUGUGGCUGUGUCGUCAUCCACUCCUCCUCUCACAUGCUUUAAGCUGUUUAGUCCAGAUUACCUGGUAUGAAGCAAAGACUUUUCUCUCUCUCUCUCUCGGUCCAGAUCAAAGGUGGACGAGACAGAAACCACUAGAGCUGCUUUCACACGUGCAAACCUGAACUUCUCUGGACGUUAUCCUGCAGCUACCGGAUGUAAAGUCUGAGAGAACGUGUCUCACAGCUGCAGGUGUGAGAGGAAAACACCGGAGAACAUCUGGACAUUUUCCAGAGUUUGUCUUUUGAAGUCUGAGAGCUUCUUUGAUUCAUUAGAAACCUGGCAUUUAAUGCUAAGCUAUGAUCCCAUAUUAAUAUAUGAUGAGAUUUUAUCACUCCUCAGACUUUGUUCAGCACUAAUCUAGAGAAGCAACUGAAGUAGAAGUGAUUCAGAUCAUUAGUCCAGCUGUAGACGUUCAUAUUCGCUCACGAGACAAAGACCAAAAUCAUCCAAAAAAAAAAAAAAACACUCGCUUCGUGAUCACAGACCAGUUUUGUUUCGCUUUUUUCUUUGUUUUGCACACGGGUCUCAAAAAGUUCCUUUUUUAAUUCCAUGACUUUGUUCCUCUUUGUCCUCAGCGGCCGACAGGAGUUUGUCAAACGUGCCUUUGUAUCCGCUGCAGUCGGGCACUAACAGGGAACGAUCGGGUUGUUUCACUGGCAGCUGUCCAGUCGUUUCUAUUGAUAGAGCAAAGAGAGAGAAAAUAUUUCCCAAAGAUGAUGUUGAAACAGUAAAACAUCUGUGGAAUGAGUUAAGCUCGUUAUCAACAGACCGAGGCUUUUCUCUUCAGACAACGGAGAUUUGGUUUAUGGAGUCAGUGGGCAGCACGGUGUUGAUGUUCAGCAUUUAUACGUUUAUAAUGUAGUUAACAGCAGAUAAUAUAUUAAUAUCUAAAUACACCAGUAUCCUCACAUUGCUGACAAACACGUUAAUAAACACUUAAAUCUGCUUCCAAUCACAUUAUAAAUAUAUACUGCUAAAUAUCGAGGAGUUAAAGUUUGUGCUUCUUCGUCUCAGUCGAUCAAAAAUCUCUUUUCUUGACUUGAUGUUUCAGGUUGUUUUAAGAAAAAGAAAAACAACCCGCCUUCGGUCUUGACCUCGACUUUUGCCUCAGUCAUCUCCUUUCUGUUUCCUGCGGCGCGACGUCUGGAGAAACAAAUACGUAUUAAAGCAGCCGAGGAAAAAUGAGAAAUGUGAAACCCACAUCCUUGAUUUAGCGGGAAAGAAAACCCAUUGCUUCUUGACUUCAGACAGGUUUCAGAGCAGCUGCUGCGCUCAGACAUGUUUUAUUUUCUCUCUCCUUUGCUUUGGAAAUCCGCUCAGGGGUUAAACUCACACAAAGACCCUCAUCUGAAAAACAGAAACCGAGAAAAUCUAGGUUUUACUGAGUCUGAAAUGCAUGAUGAUCCUCCUACACCUCUGCCUGUAGCUGGACUCACAGCUCUUCACCUUCACCGUACAUGUCCCUGAACGCACCUCUCUCCCUUAAUUCCUCUGCUUUCUUGAGCCCAGUUGUGAUUUUAAAAAAAUGGACGAUUGCUCCCGUACCUCUGUCGUGAUCUGCACUGGAAGGGACAGGUCCAGAGUCUGGACAUGAGAUCUGUCCUCAAAUCUGAUAAUUACAGGUGUGUUUACUGCUGCCUGAACACAUCAUUAACCUGUGGAUUCGUUACUGUCACUGCAAGUGUUCCCUCCUGUUUUUACCACGAUGCAUUCAAAGACAGGUGAAAUGGGACGGAAAAAGUCUUUGUAUCAUACCAAUGUGCAUUUUGUACAAUUUGUAAAAGGAUCCGAACUGAAUUUUCUCCAUGCAGCACAUCUCGUCUGUUGGACAGUGUUGGGAGAGACCGUAAAGAAAACACCCGUCAGGUCUCCUCUCCAGUCACAAGUCACAUCUUUUAACUUGAAUGUUCCACCGUAUAUAAGCCAACAGCUCGUUUUUAUUUCAUCUUCUGAGAUGUUACGUACUCGGGGGGGCUGCUGAUGUCGUCUUUUUUUUUUUUCUUCCUGAGUGCCGUAGAGUGUCGCGGCAGAUCGGCUCAUCUGAAGUUGAAACACUUGAAGGACUUUGUUUUUUUGUUUUCCUUCUAUCUUUGCACGAGUUGCACUACUGACAAGAGUUGUACAAUAAUUCAACAUUACCUGUACAUGAAUGAGUGCGAUGCUCAAUAAAGCUUGGUAUACUUCUA